CAAUUCGAACUAUAUUUUGAGAAUAACAAUUUAUCCACUCCCAACUGCCAUGCGAAUUUUUAUCUGGUGUGUCCUCGUGUUCAGCUCGACGGCUGUGGCUCGUAAAGCUAAUGCCAAGAAACUUGCAGAUGAUCCACUUCGCACCUAUAAUCAGGUCGUGCGGAAUUUGAUAAGGAACUGGGAGUCUCCCGUGGUCUACCUUAGAGAUCGCGGCUUUCUGCCCAAAAACUUCGAGGAUACGUCGAGAAUCAAACCAAAUCUAGAUGCCCUGGUGCAGCGAAUGGAGAGGGCCAAAAGGCAUCAGGCCAAGGGAAAAGACAUCGUUUUAAGAAUAAAACCCACAGAGAUGGGAAACAUUAAGCAGCUGAAAAACUCUGCACGAAAUCAACGUGGCAUUCUGACCGCCAAGGGCUCUGUACUUUCCAACUUGGAGCGAUUGGAGGCCAUAGAUAGCAAGAUGUCACAGUCCAAUCCCAGACUAAACGAACAGGAAGGACAACUGCUGGCCAUGAAGCGGCGCUUGGAACAGUUGCAACCAGGAGUGGCCAGUCUGGACCAGCCAGGAUAUCGCAGGCAGAUUAAUGUAACGCCGAGAGUCAAAACUCCAGUUAAGUCAGCGCAAAACUACGAUGAGAUAUUGCAGAGAAUGAUUGAAAAGACCAGUCCACUGUCCAAACAGCACUCCAGCUCGCAAUUGCGAGCCUCUAAAAAUGCAGUAUUGAACUCGAAAUUUCAAAGUGCCAAAGACGAUAAGUUGUUGAAUUCGGCUCCAAUAAAUUUGAGUACCUAUAAAGCUUUCAGCUUUCUGCCCAAUUCGAUUGAUAAACCCUUCAUUGACCUGACCAAGUCUAGUCGAGCAGAAAACAAGAACCAAAUGUCGACCACUAACUUUGAAUCGGAUUUGGCCGCGCCCAGGUAUCUGAAUUGGGACAUAAAGAAUGGGCGACUGGACCAUUACUCAAGCGCUGAAAAGGAGGCCUAUCUGAACCAGUUGGUCAGAGUGUUCGGACAAAAUCUGGACUCCAAGGGGGCCCAUCAAAAGUGGGGAUAACCCGUAUUCCUGGAACCCCAGGAUCCCCUUCCAAAGACCCGCUGAUGAUUAACUUAAGCAUUUGAAAAUUUAUGAUCUCCGUUUGAUGACUCACAAUCCGUUUGGAGUCCGUGCCAACACAAAUUAAUAAUAGCCAUUUCCAUUUCCAUGACUUUAAACAAAAAUCCUACGUCAUAUCCAUGGCAUCAGCAAAACCAAUUGGUUUUCUUUUGUUUACCUUGUGUGAGCGCACAGAAAUCACAGGAUAUUUCUGUUUACCAUUUGUCUGUACGUAUGCAAAUGAUUGUUUUCAGUGUCGAAUCAACGCAUUGAUUCGGCAACCAUAUGCUAUUGCAAAUAAGAGGCCAAGCCAUGUUUUUGGAUGACAGCGUAAGAAAAAAAUGUUCCAAUGCAAUUGAGUUGCGAAAAAUAUAACAAACUAAGAACAAUCUAUAUACACUCUGACAUUGGAUAUUUUAAAAAACAAUCUUUAAAAACUAAUAAAUAAUUAUUGCUUGCAAAA